UGGUGUUUUCUACUGGAUCUUUACCAAACAUAUUAAGAGUAAAACGAGGCGCUAUAGAGGCCUGAGCAGACAGUGGUAGAGUGUUAAAUAUGUGCACUGGUGGGUAAGUUCACUUGCUGCUGUGGUCUUUGUUUUAUCUGCAAGGACCGGCCCGCUCCAGCGACGCUAUUGUGCUGUCUGUACUUUGCGCGUCCAUGAAUCCACACUAAACAUUUCAUUUCCAAAACGCGUACAUGUCCACCACUAGUGUAAUGUAAAACAAGUUUGGAAACACGGUAUUGUGUUUUAUUUAUGUAUUAAUCGGAGGCUCAAACACACGUCUACAGCCACACACUGACUCCUUUAUCUUCUUUUCUUUAGCGCCUGGCGGCCUGUUUCCUCAUGUCAGAAGACUCCGCGUAAAGCCAACAUGGCGCACGGAGUUCGCCUGUGUGACUGAAGAGGCCGUGUGCCUGCCCGCUAUCAUUUUGUUUUUCUCGAUCUCGCUGUCGUUCCACUUUGAUACCGGCCUGUAAAAAAGAAAAAAAAAAACCUCAUCAGGGUUCAGAAAUAGGACAGCGGCGCAAAAAAUAGGCCAGUCAUUCAUUUGUUAUUAUCAUGUCAUAGUGCUUUUAUUCGCCUAUACACCGGUGAUUAUUUGAAACUUCACCUGGAUAUGCACGCGGAUGGACGUGCAUGUGUGUGUGCGUGCUUGUAAGCGUGCGCGUGUGUGCGCGUGUGUUAGAGGAGGGUGAGUGUCACGGCCCUCUGCAGACGGGGGGUUGGGUAUGUAGCCGUGCCGAUUGGUUGCUGCUCACCAACACAGUCAGUCUGGGCUUGUUUUAACAUAACCAGGGGCACUUCGACAGCAGGCAAAAAAAUCAUGUAGUAAAUAAGCUGCUAUAGCACUAAGGACACCGGCUAUGGCACCUUGUAUUUCGCCGCUGUAUGAUGUUGCAGCGUAAUGGAUAUUUGCUGGUUCUUUAGUGUUUAAGGUGACAGUUUUUCAGAGGGCCGCCGCUGAUGAGGCGAUGAAGUGCAGAGAAUGAGAGCUGUGCCUUGGCCUACUAGUGCUGCUGCAACUGGGAUUGUGCAGAUCCGCUUUCACAAACCGAGAAAAACACUCGCUUUGUGCCACAUUAUUAGACAUCCGCUGUUGGUUUCACGGUGACCGACCUACAAAUGGAUACAGCCAUGACAACAUGAAUCAGUCAUAAGACCGGCCUGUUAGGGUAAACUCAGUGUUUUGGCUCAGGACAGCCAGCAGCUGAUUAGUACGUGCCCCGCCGCCCCCCGCAAUGGCCUUAUGAGCAUUCCUUUGGAAACCAAUGUGGCAUUGUGAAGCGUGGGUCUGACACAAACCGGUCAGGCGUGCAACUUGCCAUCCUCCAGCCGUCAAACAGCCAUCUGUACUGGGGUACAAUCGCCAGAACCGAUCUCACUGCUUACAGUUCCAUGAGGAGGCUGAGGACCUCAACACUGUGGGUACAGGCAUGAACAUGAGAGGGACCUCCAUCCAAGGCAACCACUUGCACUGUGCAGCCCAAUCAGCGAUGACGAUGAGUUUGAGGCACCAUCAGUUCAACUGCCUUCUUCUCCAGACGAUGAUGAUGUGGAGCCUUUUGAGGACUCUGCAGGAUGUGAGCAGAAAUGGCUUCUCUUCUCACAGUCCUGAAAGUUUGGAGGCUGUUUCUCCCAUCCCCAAUGGCUACCUGCAUUUGAGGUCCACGCUGUUUGACAGCAGUUGCAGUAAGGAGGAGGAUGAAGCGGGGGAGCACAGUAGUAGCGAGGACCUGAUGCCUUUUCACCACUCCCCAAAGUUGACUCGAGAUCAAUCUGUUGACUCUAAGACCACAUGCAGCUCAGGGAUGGAUAAAACAACAUACAAACCUACUGUGUUUAACCUGAUGUCCAAAACCAUAUCUGAACUCAACCCUACUCUAAGCCCUAGUGCACUGCCUGAAAUCACUAUGAGAGAUGGAUGGAGCAUGGGCGAAGAAUCGGCUAGUGAUAAUGAACUGACCUCUCCUGUUGACCACAGGCUUAUUUCUCCAUCUGGCACAAACUCUAAUGUGAUCCAACAGCCCAAAGAAAAAAGCCUCUUCCUGCCGUUUAAAUACUUGGAAGGGGACUUGGUGUGGGCUAAGUUCAACAGAAGGCCCUGGUGGCCCUGCCAAAUCACUUGUGAUCCAAAGCAGGGAAUCCACAGCAAGAUGAAAGUGCCCAGUCCUCGUCCUUGUCGGAUGUAUUUCCUGCAGACUGUUGGGGAGGUCAUAGAAAGCGCAUGGGUCCCAGGGAACGUUGUCCUUCCUUUUGAAGGAGGCCAUCAGUUUGAAGACCUUCCCGUGCUAAGACGGAGAGGAAAGCAAAGGAGGAAAACUACAAGUCACGUUAGUGUGACAGAGGCUGAGCAUCUGCUCCCUGGUCGACAACGGAAUACUGGAAGUAUAAUUUCGAUAUCUCCAAAUGGAGAGGAGCAUGUACCCAGCCCUCUGUCUCCUGAACAGCAACAGGAUGAGCCCUCUUUCUCUGUGGACCUUGCACCCUCAUCCCUCAAUAAUAUGAGAAUGUGGAAUUUAACAUCUUCUCCACCUUCAUCACUGUCUCCCAUGGAUGCUUUUCAGGAUGUCACGGAGCUAAUGUUUAAGUCUCUGGUGAAGGAGGAUAGCACUGACUCAGAAGCAAAGGUAUUUCGGCCUGAUUCCAAUUAUAAAUUUAGUACCUUCCUGAUGCUCCUGAAAGACAUGCAUGACACCAGGGAAAAAGAGGGUAAGCCUCUUACUCUUCCACCGUCACCCGUCCUGAUCAAAGAGGAACCCCUGGUCAUUCCUACUUCCACAGGAGGUGACCAGGUGAAGGCCGUUGCGAUGGUUUUCCUCUCAAGAUAUGAAUGGGAACUUCACCAUGAGUGGAACGCAGAACUUGAUUUAGGACCUGAGACGCAGACAGACAAUGACUUCUCAGAGACAAACAGCACAUCUGGGCAGUCAGACAGUAAACGCCUCCGGAAACCAACUAAACGGCUUUUGGAAUCCACUGAAGACUAUGAACAAAUAUUUGUCUCAAAAAAGAAAUCAAAGAGGAGCACCUCAGAAUCACCCAAAACGGUAUCGGUUGUCAGCAGUGAAAUCGUGCAUCACAGUCACCAGGGACAAUGUCCUUCCAUGAUCCCGUACCUGGCACAGUUACCUCAGCAUCCACGUCUCCACCAGCUUCUGAUGAAUCCACUGAGGCUACUGCAGCACUGGAAGAGAGUCUAUCUCAGGAUGAGGUGUCUCCUGUACCAAGGCGACUUAGUAGUGGUACCUCAGAGGCGAAGGCCCAAGAAAAAAACACUCAGGGAACGGUCUAUACCCAGCACAUCUUCCGCUACUGCCACUCAACCCUCAGAGAGCAAAGAGCUUAAGGCUCUGACUCCAAACAGACCCUCCAGUCCCUGUAGAUCAAAGCCCCCCAAGCAGCAGGCGGAGGUGCUGUCUGUCGGUUUGAAUGACAGCCUGUCUUCUCAGGUAGAUGGUAAAGGGAAAGUUGGCGGCACAACCUUAAAGGAGAAUGUCUGUCAGGUGUGUGAGAGGACAGGAGACCUGUUGGUGUGUGAUGGCCACUGCUAUGGAGCCUUCCAUCUUCAGUGUAUUGGCCUGUCAGUGGCCCCGAAGGGAAAAUUUCUAUGUGGUGAAUGUAGAAGUGGCGUUCACGCAUGUUUUGUGUGUAAGAAGUCUGGCAAUGGAGUGAAGCGCUGCAUGAUACCAUUGUGCGGGAAGUUCUACCAUACCGACUGUAUAAUGACCUUCUCUGCUACACAACCACAUAACAAAGGCUUCCGCUGCCCUCUUCACGUGUGUCUGUCCUGCCACAUCACCAACCCCCUCAACAUCUGCAGCUCCAAAGGUCGGUUAGCACGAUGCGUUCGCUGCCCUGUGGCUUAUCAUGCCAAUGACAACUGUAUGGCAGCAGGCAGCUUGGUGCUGGCAAACAACGGCUUCCUCUGUCCCAACCACUUCACCCCCCGCAAAGGCUGUAAGAAUCAUGAACACAUCAAUGUCAGCUGGUGCUUCGUAUGCUCUGAAGGAGGCAGUCUGUUGUGCUGUGAGGCCUGCCCUGCUGCUUUCCAUCGGGAAUGUUUGAACAUGGAGAUGCCUCAGGGCAGCUGGUUCUGCAAUGACUGCAAAGCAGGAAAGAGGCCUCGUAUUAAGGACAUAUUGUGGGUUAAAUGGGGACGUUACAGGUGGUGGCCUGCUGAAGUCUGCCUGGCCAAAGAUGUCCCAAAUAACAUCUUGAGGAUGAAGCACGAGGUAGGAGAGUUCCCAGUGCAGUUUUUUGGUUCCAGAGACUUUGUGUGGACGUACCAGGCCAGAGUCUUCCCCUACAUGGAGGGCGACACUCAAAACAUAGAGAAAAUGGGCAAGGGUGCAGACGCUGUAUACAAAAAGGCACUGACGGAAGCAGCGGAAAGGUUCAAAGAACUACAGACAGAGAGGGAAAUGAAACAGCUUCAAGAGGACAGAAAGAACGACAAGAAACCACCCCCAUACAGACAUAUUAAGGUUAACAGGCCAAUUGGGAAGGUGCAGAUCAUCACAGCUGACUUGUCAGAAAUACCACGCUGUAAUUGCAAGGCGGUGGAUGAGAACCCAUGUGGCAUCGAUUCGGAGUGCAUUAAUCGCAUGCUGAUGUAUGAGUGCCACCCUCAGGUGUGCGCAGCAGGGGAGCGGUGUCAGAACCAAGCGUUCACCAAGCGCGAGUACACAACUGUGGAGAUUUUCAGGACCCUCUCCUGUGGGUGGGGUUUACGUGGUGUGGCUGACAUCAAGAAGGGAGCCUUUGUGAGUGAAUAUGUGGGAGAGGUGAUAGAUGAAGAAGAGUGUCGAGCCAGGAUCAGACAUGCCCAGGAGAAUGACAUCUGUAACUUUUACAUGCUUACACUGGACAAGGACCGGAUCAUUGAUGCCGGGCCCAAAGGGAACCAGGCUCGCUUCAUGAAUCACAGCUGCCAGCCCAACUGUGAGACUCAGAAGUGGACUGUGAAUGGAGACACCAGGGUGGGGCUGUUUGCACUUCAGGAUAUCCCACAAGGUGUAGAGCUGACUUUCAACUACAACUUGGAGUGUCUUGGCAACGGGAAAACCGCCUGUAAAUGUGGAGCGCCCAACUGCAGCGGUUUCCUCGGUGUCCGUCCAAAGAACCAGCCAUCAGCAGAGAAAACUGAAGCUGAAGGAAGGAAAAGGGUCGGCAUGAAGAAGAAGACCAAGCAAGAAGUGAAAAAGGAGAGAGAAGAUGAGUGCUUUAGCUGUGGAGAUGGAGGGCAGAUAGUAUCCUGUAAGAAGCCGGGUUGUCCCAAAGUCUACCACGCCGACUGUCUCAACCUGGCCAAGAGGCCUGCAGGGCGAUGGGAGUGUCCUUGGCACCAGUGUGACAUCUGUGGUAAAGAAGCAGCUUCGUUCUGUGAGAUGUGCCCCAGCUCCUACUGUAAGGAACACCGUGAAGGGAUGCUCUUCAUCUCCAAGCUGGACGGGAAGCUGUCCUGUAGCGAACAUGACCCCUGUGGGCCUGAACCACUGGAGCCAGGGGAGAUUCGUGAAUACGUGCCCAACAUGACUGUGCCUCUCAAUUCCUCACUGGUCCCAAACUCCAGAAGAGCCUCCUCGUCUACCCCCAUCACUUGUCUCCAAGUUGUUCCGGCUAGACUGGAGCCCCCUCCUCGUCUUUACAUCAACACAAAGACUGCUACCUCCAGCUUCAUCCCCAGCAGCAAGUCCUACCUCAGAGACAGAACUGAGGAGAAACCAUCCUCAAAAGAUGAGAGAGAGGGACGGGGAGGGUGGGGUUGGAGGUGGAUGUAGGAUAGAGAUGAUGAGGAAGAAGCAGAUGAGGAGGAGGAGGAUGAAAUGGAGGAGAUGGAGAUAGUGGAAGAUGAGGAGGAUGAGCCACUGUAUGGAGAUGAUCUGCUAGAGGAAGAGGAGGAGGAGGGUGAUGAAGAGGCAGAUGUUUUUGACACUUGGGGUGAUUAUGUAGAGGAGGAGGAGGAUGGAGAGGUGGAGGGGGAGGACUUGGAGGAGUGGGGGAGAGUGGAGGACGAUGACAAGUGACUCAGUCCAACCUGUCAUCGUAACGACUGAGCAGACAUUCAGUGGACGAAACAUUAGUAAAAGACUUAGAGUUUCAUAUUUUGGUACCACCUUGAAUGCAUCACUGCCUUCACUUUGGUACUUUAUUGCCUUCUCAUCCCGAGACUGCUGGACUGACAGUGCGGAUGUGUAUCGGUGCUACGCGUCAAGGACCGAUUCAUUCGGCCCUUUUAUACUUAUGUCAAUAUGUUUAUUUUUUGUGUUUGGUGCUGUUAAUGUUCUUCUGUUCUUUCUCACAACAUUGUUUACAUUUUUUGGCCUUUUUAAAUGUUUGAAAUAUACCAGAACGUUAAAAGGUUUCACCUGACCAAACUCUCACAAGGGUAUUUUAUGUUGUUGCUAAUCACAUUCUCACACAUCAAGAGGUAUCACAACAGUUCCUUUUACAGUUUGACACAACUAUAUCAUUUUGGUGAUUCUGAGGAAAUAAACCCAGAGGAGUUCUCAUUAAUCUACAAGGUUCUUUUCACAAUAAAAGAAAAUACAGAUCUCAAGUCUCAUUUUAUCACUUGAGACUUCUGCUGAA